CUGAAUUUAAAUACAGGAUUUAUGACUGAAGGUAAAUGUCUUCUGAAAAAUGGCUUUACAUUGUCAUAUCUAGCACUGUGAUGCUUUCUCAAAUCACUCACAUUUUUUCCUGUUUUCAGAGAUGAAGAACUGGACAGAAGUGUCUGAAUUCAUUCUUCUGGGUCUAACAAAGGACCACAGGCUACAACAGAUUCUCUUCACACUUUUCCUGCUGUUCUAUGUAGCCUGUUUAUUAGGAAAUGGGGCCAUUCUGGCAGUCACCCUGGCUGAGCCUCGGCUCCACACCCCCAUGUAUUUUUUUCUGGGAAACCUUUCUUGUUUGGAUAUAUGCUACUCUACAGUGACUGUGCCAAAAAUGCUAAGUGGCUUCCUUAUAAAACAACAAUCUAUCUCCCUUAUCAGCUGCCUCACUCAGCUGCACUUCUUCCACUUUCUGGGCAGUAGUGAGGCUGUGCUUCUGGGUGUCAUGGCAUAUGAUCGUUAUGUGGCUAUCUGUAACCCACUGCGUUAUACUACCAUCAUGAGUAAAUGGGCUUGUGUCAUGCUAGCUGGGGCCACGUGGGCUGCUGGCUUCUUUCAUGCCUUGAUGCACACAGUGGUGACGUCUCAGCUAUGGUUCUGUGGCCCUAAUCUCAUCACACACUUUUUUUGUGACAUCAAGCCCCUCCUCAAAUUAGCUUGCAGUAGUACAACCCUCAACUUCAUCCUGCUGAAACUUGUCACUGGUACUAUUGCUCUCAGCCCCUUCUUUUUCACAGUUCUCUCCUAUUUUUACAUCAUCUCCUUCCUCUUCUUUAAGGUCCAGUCAUGGCAGAACCGUUGGAAAGCCUUGUCCACCUGUGCAUCUCAUCUGACUGUUGUGGCAAUCUUCUAUAUUCCAGUUCUCUCCAAUUACAUGCUUGCUUCUGCCAGUGGCUCUUCUGAGAAAGAGAUGAUCAUUUCUGUGUUAUACAGUGUCAUCACACCAGUUUUAAAUCCCCUGAUCUACACACUGAGGAAUCAAGAAGUCAAAUCUGCUAUAAGGAAGAUUCUAAACAAAAAUCUCCCUUUCGAAAAGGCUUAAAUCUCUUAUACAUUUGAAAAAGAAAGGAAUUGGUAAUGAGUAUCAUCAAAGCAUUUUUUUAUGUUUUUGAUUUAUCAAAAAUAAUCCAAGACUCUCCCUCCUUUGAUGUCAUGUUAUAGUGACUUAGGGUCCAUUUUGAGUGCUUUCCAGUGCAUUCCCUACUGGAGCCUAAACUUUUUAUUCACAUUUCUUUGGGAAGCUUGUACAUCUGCUCAUUUUAUUUUUAUACAUUUUUAAAGAUGUAUUUGGCAGUUACCCCCAUUUUAGACUUACAUGUUUUUAAACUUAGGAAUUUAAAAAAAAAAAAAACAUUGCAAAUGGUUCUGGACAGAAAGAUUUUCACUUUUUGGAGAAACAAAAUGCUGGAUGUAGUCUCCAUUUAAGAUUGUUCCCUUCCAAAUGUGGAAUUUAUAUAUACCCCUUUUAACAGUUAAGCUGUCUAUAUUCAUUAAUUUUUAUUCAAAUGGUAGAUGUGUCUAAUCAUUUCUCUAUACAUUUGAAUGAAGUAUUAUAUUCUAUAGCAAUGGUAUAGGAAAAAUCAGUGUGGCAGAACUAUUACUAUUCUUUAUUAACAAGUUCUUUUAUUUCACAACACCAAGAGAUUUA